GACACAUGGACCACCAAAAGUGAUCUAUGGGACACAACAGAUGGCGGAAUUUGGGAACAUAUGUGAUGGAAAUUUUCUAAGCAGACUUCAGCUAGUUGGUGAUUGAACUUGGAAUUGGGAUGAUGAAGUUUUCUUUAAUUUUCCUGCUCGCCUGGAGCUCUGUAUUCCUGGGCAGCACCCAUACUACUAUAAGUCGGAUUAGAAAGUCUGAUAUAGGCUUGAAAUCUUUGGAGGAGCUAAUUUUGAUUAGAAAGACUCUGGCUAGGCAGGCUCUGAAGCUCAGGGGCUUGGAAAUAAACCUUCACCAUGUGCUGAGCAAGGUGGUCUUUCUUUCCGAUGCGGAUGUGCAUUCACCGGGGAGAUUCUCCUCCAAAGCAGAUCCCCUGACAGAGCUAUCAGAGCGGCUGAAUAUAUUGCUCAAGCGACUGAACCAGGAGGAUUUAGAUAAGCGGCCUUUGAAAGCUUGUCUGGAAAACGGCUCGAGGCUUCUGGAAACUUCUCUAAACCAGACCUUGCUGAAGGAUGUUUUCAAAGUUAAGGUCAUCCCGAAAGUUGAUUUUUACCAGCCCGCCAAAUCGGAUUGUUAUGAACUGGAUGAAGCUGUACGGGUGGAUGGCGUCUAUAGGUUCCUAGUUCCCGAGCGGAAUGAAGUCCAACGUGAUUUGCACGAGCGUUACUGCACCUUCGCAACAGAUGGUCCCGCCUGGACGGUGAUCCAGAACCGAGGUGGCUCCUACGAUCCCCCCGAGAACUUUAAUCGCAGCUGGGACGAGUACCGCGCGGGUUUUGGCAAUUUAUCCCGGGAUUUCUGGUUCGGCAACGAGUUCACGCACAAGAUUCUCUAUCGCGACGAUCAUGAAUUGAGAGUGGAGUUGCAGGAGGAGGAUCAGGAAGGCGUGGAUUGGGCGGAGUAUUCCAUUUUCCGACUGGACAGCGAGCGCUACAACUUCCAGCUUUCGGUGGAAGGUGACUUCCGGGGUUCGCUGCCAGAUGUUCUGGAGCAGCUCAAUGGAACGGAAUUUAGCACACACGAUCGGCGAAGGAAUGGGUAUCCCGAGAACUCCCCGGAUUCCACCUGCGCCGAGCAGUACGGCGGAGGUUGGUGGUUCGAUCGCUGCACACAGUCCAAUCUAAAUGGAGAACUUGGUGUCCACCAGAUAGCAAGUCCAGCCAUCAUCUGGUCGAAUUGGCGCACCGGAACCGACAAACCAAAAAUUUCGCGGAUGAUGAUACGACCCGUAAACCCAGUUCCGGGGGGUUACUUUUACGAGGACUAGGCGGCGGAUAGGAUAACUGGG